AUGUUUCUCACCAUCCCAGGGGAGUCUUGCUUCACCUCUGCCGACGCGAAGAAGCUCAAGAAGAGCAUUAAUGCCACCGGCGCUCUUUGCACGAGAGUCCGGGGAUACUGGGUUCACUAUGUGCACCUCAAAGACGCUUCAAACCAGGCGACCCAGGAAAAAAUCCGUCAGCUCCUCCCCGGCUCCAAUUCAGAGUCCAGCGAAGUCCUCAGGAAUCCUGGUGGCAUGACCCGUUUCUACUACAUCACCCCGCGCAACAUCUCGCCCUGGAGCUCUAAAGCCACUAGUAUCGCCUACGUGUGCGGCCUCAAGUCCAGCUUGCAACGCAUCGAGCGCGGUCGCGUCAUCCUGCUGAAUUUCGAGCAGAAUGGGGAGGCUGAGACAGAGGAUGUGCCGUUCCGCGACGAGCUGUUUGAUCGCAUGACCGAGAAUAUGGAAUCAGAAGCGCCGGACAUGGAUAAGAUGUUUGCGGAGGACCAGCCAUACCCGCUGGAAGUCAUCGAGUUGGGGGAAGACGAGGGGCAGAGGUUGGAGGUACUGAAGGGGUAUAAUAAGGUGCGAGGGCUUGCGCUGGAUCAGCUUGAGAUGGAGUAUUUGGUUCAAGCUUACAAGGAGCUUGGUAGAGAUCCCCACGAUAUCGAGUUGUUCAUGUUCGCUCAAGUCAACUCCGAGCAUUGUCGGCACAAGCAAUUCAAUGCAAACUGGACUAUCGAUGGAACUGCUACGGGUAGAUCUCUAUUUGAGAUGAUUCAAAAUACCCACAAACAAAACCCCAAAUACACUGUUUCGGCAUACAGUGACAAUGCUGCGGUCUUGGAGGGAGAAGUGGCUAGUUUCUGGGCUCCUGACUAUUCUACCGGUAGCUGGAGACAGACCAAGGAAAAGGUCCACUUCCUCAUUAAGGUCGAGACACACAACCAUCCUACAGCUAUCUCUCCGUUUCCAGGAGCUGCGACUGGGUCCGGUGGUGAGAUUCGAGAUGAAGGAGCCGUGGGCCGAGGAUCGACCCCCAAAGCUGGACUUUGUGGAUUCUGGGUCUCUGAUCUCCUGAUUCCCGAUCACAAACAGCCCUGGGAAAUGGACUUCGGCAAGCCAGCACAUUACGCGAGCAGCCUCGAUAUCAUGCUCGAAGCUCCGAUUGGCAGCGCUAGAUUUAACAACGAGUUUGGCCGACCUUGCUUGACUGGAUGCUUCCGCACACUUCUCGCCGAUGUUGACACCGGAGUUGAUGGUCACGAAACCCGAGGAUACCAUAAGCCAAUCAUGAUCGCGGGUGGUGUCGGAACCGUUAGACCUCAGCAUGCUCUCAAAGAUGGACGAGAUGUCAGGGAAGAAGCCCACAUUAUUGUGCUCGGUGGCCCAGCUAUGCUGAUCGGUCUUGGGGGAGGGGCUGCGUCAAGUAACGCCUCUGGAGAAGGAUCUGUGGAACUCGACUUUGAUAGUGUCCAGCGUGGCAACCCUGAAAUGGAACGCCGGGCCCAGAUGGUGAUCAAUACAUGUGUGGCUCUUGGAGAAAACAACCCUAUUGCCUUCAUUCACGAUGUUGGCGCUGGAGGUCUUUCCAAUGCUCUACCUGAAUUGGUCAAGGAUGCCGGAUUUGGAGGCAAAUUCGAACUACGACAGAUCGAAAAUGCAGACAGGAGUAUGAGCCCUCUACAGAUCUGGUGUUGCGAGGCCCAAGAAAGAUAUGUCAUGAUUGUCAACAAAGAGCACAUGAACCGGUUCACCAGCAUUGCGAAUCGGGAGCGUUGCGGAUUCUCUGAUGUUGGCACUGUGACGAAGAUGGAUUCGAAUGGUCACGGCAGCCUUGUUCUGACCGAUCGGGAAUCUACGGAGUACCCCAAGCCUAUUGAUAUGCCAAUGUCUCUACUCUUUCCGAAGGGCAGAAAAUUAGACCGAAGUGUCAAGACGCGAAAACCUGUCCUGACUCCCUUCGACGCCAGAGAAGCUCUCAUCAACGCAUACCCGCAAUUUCCCGAACACUACCUCAUCGGAAAAGCUAUCGAGCGAAUCUUCCAUUUACCAGCCGUUGGUUCAAAGUCCUUCUUGAUUACUAUUGGAGAUCGUUCCGUCGGAGGUAUGACAGUCAGGGAUCAGAUGGUUGGCCCGUGGCAAACGCCUGUUGCAGAUGUUGCAGUGACUGUCACUGCUCUGAACAUGGGCGACAAAAUAAAGACGGGAGAAGCUAUGAGUAUGGGAGAUAAGCCCAAUAUCGCCCUCGUCUCGCCAGCUGCAUCGGCGAGAAUGGCAGUUGCGGAGUCUUUGAUGAACUUGGCUGCUGCUCACGUCCUUCGUGCGGACGAAGGUGACCUGGCCCGAGUCAAGCUCUCUGCGAAUUGGAUGGCUGCAGUUAACCACCCUGGUGAGGCCGCCGCUCUGUACGAGGCAGUGCAUGCCAUUGGUAUGGACCUGUGCCCAGCUCUUGGUAUCAGCAUUCCAGUCGGCAAAGACUCUACGUCAAUGAAGGCAUCCUGGAAGGAUCAGAAGACUGGGGAUGCCAAGAGCGUCACUGCUCCAAUGACAGUUGUCAUCUCGGCCUUCGCACCUGUCGCGAACGUACGCAACACCUGGACUCCGACUUUGCGAAGAUUUGAGGACGUUGGUGAGACCUUACUCAUGUACGUUGAUCUUGCUCAAGGUCACCAAGCAUUGGGCGGCUCGGCACUUGCCCAGAGCUUUGGCCAGCUGGGACAUGAAGUACCUGAUGUCAGGGAUGCUGAUCUGAUCCGGGAUUACUUUGACGCUAUUGUCCAGAUGCACGAAAUUGGCGUUGUUCUCGCCUACCAUGAUAUCUCAGACGGUGGUCUGAUCACUACAAUCGCUGAGAUGAUGUUCGCUGGCAGAUGCGGUGCUGAGAUUGUGAUUGACAGCUUUGCGAAGAGCUCUGGACUUUCUGAUGUCUUGGGAUCUCUCUUCAAUGAAGAGUUAGGUGCAGUUUUCCAGGUCCGCAAAUCAGACGAGACGAGAUUCAGAAGUUGCUUCGCUACAUGUGGUCCUCCUAAAGGAAUGGUGCGAACAAUCGGCCGUGUUCCUGCAGCAUCGAAGCAAGAACUCUCUAUCCGCUACGGCCAACAGACAAUCAUCCGCCUGCGCCGAUCCGAGAUGCAGCAAAUGUGGGCUAGCACAUCCUACCAAAUGCAGCGCAUCCGCGAUAACGUCGACUGUGCCGCCUCCGAGUUCGACACCAUCAGCGACGACCGCGACCCUGGACUCCGCUACAAACUAACCUUCGACCCCAAAGAGAACAUCCUCCCCCUGACAUCCUCCAUCACUUCCGUCUUUACCAAGAUCCCCCGCGUCGCCAUCCUCCGCGAGCAAGGCGUCAACGGCCACGCCGAGAUGGCCUUUGCAUUUAAAGCCGCUGGCUUCGACCCCAUUGAUGUCCACAUGACCGAUAUCAUCGAUGGCCGCUCCCUCGCCGAUUUUGUCGGCAUCGCCGCCUGCGGCGGCUUCUCCUACGGCGAUGUCCUCGGCGCAGGACAAGGCUGGGCCAAGUCCAUCCUUAUGCACGAAGAGAACGCCCGUCCUGAGUUCCAGAAAUUCUUCGCCCGUCCUGAUACCUUCGCUUUGGGCGUGUGCAAUGGUUGCCAGAUGCUCUCCCGUAUCGCCGAGCUUAUCCCCGGCGCCCAACACUGGCCCACCUUCCUACCAAACGAAAGCGAACAAUUCGAAGGCCGCGUCUCCAUGGUCAAGAUCCAAGAUAACAAGAAAUCACCUUCCGUCUUCCUGCACGGUAUGAGCGGCACAUCGAUGCCAAUCGUCGUUUCUCACGGCGAAGGCCGCGCUUCAUUCCGCAGUGUAGCGGAUCUAGAGGCCAUGAAUGAACAUGGGCUGGUGCCGAUUCGAUAUACGGACAACCUGGGCAAUGUGACGACGCGGUACCCGGCGAACCCUAACGGUAGUCCGGAGGGUAUUGCGGGGGUGAAAAGUUUGGACGGGCGGGUGCUGGCUAUGAUGCCGCAUCCGGAGCGCACGGUGAUGGCUGAUGUUGGGUCAUAUAUUCCGAGUAAUCUGGUCGAGGGUUGGGGCGAGUUCGGGCCGUGGGUACGGAUGUUCAAGAGUGCUAGGCGGUGGGUUGGUUAA